CCCCAUGAUGCACCGCGCUUCGUACUGAGGAAACAUGGCGGCGUCCGAACCGUCGACAGCUCCAAACACAAACAUCCCGGAAUAUGAAUAUGCCGAUGUUAACACUAAACCAUUUCACAUCGGCUCUUUCAGAAACGAGUGGCUGAGCAGACUGAAGCCAGUCCAUUAUUCUUAUCAGCAGGACGACGAGGACACGUUUGAUGCUAACUUUGCUAAAGAGAUGGGCAUCGGUGCGGAGACUAUGGCUGAACUGAAGUCCGUCUGCAGCCUGGAUUCACUUCGUUGCCAUCCUGAAGAUCAGCCUCCCGACACAAAAGUUGUCCCUCCAGAUCCAACGCUGAAAACACUAGUACAAAGGAAAAAGAGGCAGGAUUACAGGGAGUCUCUAAAAGUCACCAAGAACAGACAUGACAUGUAUGCCGAUGAACUGGAGCGUUUAACUAUUGGUAGGAGACCAGAGGUGACGAGCGACUUGGUCCCUGAAGGAGAAAUCAUUCUAAACAUCAACAUCUACUACCCAGCUAUUUAUGAAAAAUUCAACUACGUCAGACCCCACACCACUCUGCUAAUGACGGGCUCCCACACCUUGGCGGAACUUAGGGACGCAAUUUGCUGUGUCAGCGACUUGCAAGUGUGUGGAGAGUUCAGCAACACUCCUGACAUGGCACCAGACUUCAUCAGCAAAGAUCAUUACAAAUCGGCCUUUUUUUUCUUCGAAGGAGUUUUCUACAAUGACAUGCGAUUUCCUGAGUGCCAAGACAUCAGCAUAACUACUAUUGAGUGGGCAAAGUCCCGUAACUUCCCGUCCUACAGCCAGGCCAAGAUGGAGGACACACGGUUUUUGGAUCUGAAGGUGAAAGUGGGAUUCCCAUACCUCUACUGUCAUCAGGGAGACUGCGAACAUCUCGUCAUCAUCACGGACGUCAGGCUGGCCCACAAGAACGACUGUCUGGACAGGAAGUUGUACCCACUUCUCACCCACAAGCACAGAGUCACCACCCAGAAGUGUGCCGUUUGCCAUGUCUUCAUUGGCAGAUGGUACACCACCAACGACCAGUUUGCUCCCAGUAGCCCGUGUCUCUUCUGUGAUAAAUGCUUCCGGAUGCUGCACUACGAUGCUCAAGGCAACAAACUGGGAAACUUCUUGGCUUAUCCCUAUGUCGACCGAGGCGCAUUUAACUAAUGCUUUUUUCUUGUUUCCUCUUUUUUUUUGGUGAACUCUUCAGAUCACUGUUUAAUGCUGUAUAAUACAGUUAAUGUUUUAUAUUUCAUAAAGAAAUGUUUUAACACAAAUGUAUAUUUCAUUUAAAAAGUAUAACUCAUGUUCCAGUUAUCCAGACUUUUUUCUGUUGUAAAAUAAACUAUGUUGACCUUUUUUAAA